AAGAAGAAGAAGAAAGAGAAGCAAUGAAAAAUUCAAACCCCGGAAGCAAUUUGCGUUGCCCUCACUGCGCUGGCCCUCUUUCCAAAGAGAUGGACACAAGUGAAUGGACUGUUGCUCCACUUGUGAGGGAUAGUUUUUCUAUGAUUGGCUCUGCUGUUGGUGGCACUACGAGCGCGUUCUACGGCUUCAACCUUGUUAUGCCGGUAGUCAGGAAAUAUGUAAAAGGACCCAUGUGGGUGCAUUUUCUUGUUGGGACACCGCCUGUGAUAGUGUUAUCGUCUGCUUGUGCAGGAGUGGCAGGUGGUGCUGUUCCAGCCCUUGCUCAACUUGCUUCUUCAUCGUACCAUGCUGCGUUCUCGUCGUCUUCGUUGCCUAAAACAUCUCGGGAUGAUAAGGUGCACAAGUCCAGGACCAACUCUACUUUGUAAUUAGACAAAUAUAUAUAUAUAGCAUCUUCGUCCAUUACCUUGAAAUUUUGUAUUGUUUGAGGAUACAAGGA